UAGCUCUGCAUGUUCGCAGUGCCGAGUACUUGGUCGGGCGGAGUCUGCGGGGCAGAGCUGCGAGGUGUGGUCCUUGGAGCCAAAGCGGGUUUGACUGCUAAGCCGGCUCCAGAGCCGGGAGCCUUCGCGGGGAGGGCCGGAGUCGGGGAGCAGGAGGUCACCUGCGGAGCCGGCGCCAGCUGCAGCACCCGGCUAGCCGCGCCUGCUCCCACGCGGACGGAUAUCAGGUGAUGUCGCAGCCCAGGUGGCUCCGGGGAGGUGAGGCUGGAGAAAGAAGCGGCCAGCUCACUUAGCUUUCCCACUUGGUGGUCUAGAUCGCGCUGGGGAGGAGGUGCCGCGUGGAUAGCGUGCCGGGGACUGGCGGUGGCCCAGCCCUUUGGAUCCCUCUGGCUGUGCCUGGGACUCGGCGCUGGGUGGAGCAGCCCCUGGCGGUGCCAACGCUCAGGGCGCGCUCCGUAGCCGAGCUUCCCCUGGCUCCACCUGCAGGGUACCACGGGCCGGGCGCGGGCCGCGAACCCUCGAGCAGUGAAGGCGGGCGGCCGGGCUGCAGGAGGAGGAGCCCGGAGCACGGCCGAAGGACGCUGGCCCUCCUAGCUUGACCCAGCGGGCGUUUGCGAGACGGCGGAGACGCUGUCCCUGCAGCCCGGCCACGCUGCACCCUUUCAGGCUGCGGCUCCCAGCGCCCUCCCGGAGCUGCGCCCUCCCCGAGCGGCACCGGUCCCGGGAGCCCGGGCUGCGGGCAGGAGCAUGACGCCCGCCGCCGAGCACCCACGCCGAGGCAGUGCAGACCUACGAUGCCUGCGCAGCUGCCCCGCCGCUGUGUAGGGUAAACACAAGACGUGAAGAAGAGUACCGAAAGGGACCUGUGGUUGCCAAAGUGGCCGGAGAGGAAGCCUGGUCAACAUCCUGUCAACAAUCCUGCAUCGUUUCCCAAAGAUGCUGUUGAAGUUGUCUUAAUGAACACAGCUUGCCUUCAGCCCACCAGAGUUCUACAUCAUGGGCUGCAUGAAGUCAAAGCAAACAUUCCCAUUUCCUACCACGUUAGACAUCGACAGGCUUAAUGAGAGUGAAGAAGCCUUUAUGCCAGAUGGUAGCUGUCAACAUAGGACCCCUUCUCCAGAUAAAACUCAAGCCGAAGGGGAAGUGAAGAAAUUCCCAGAGCCCAGUCCUAUGGUCCUUGAAUUCGCAGAGCGUCUGGCCAAGGAAAUCGUGCAGGACGCCUUGCAGCAGUGGGCAUGUGAAAACAUCAAGUACUACAACAUCCCAUACAUUGAGAGUGAGGGCUCUGACAUCACUACUGGGUGAUGACAUUUUGCUGUGCUCCGGAUGUAGUCGGUGCUAGUUUAAAUACAUGAAAUAAGUUUUGAAACUGCAACUGAAUGUAAAACCAUGUCUAUGAUAAUAUUAGUGUAGGGAUGCAUAUGAUGAAAUAGAAUUUUAAGCAGUUCUAGUUAACAUCAAUGUAUAUCUGCUUGAUCACAAAUUUGGGACACAGGAUGGACAGAGGUCUUGUGGCACCCAGAUGUCUGCCAUAGCAUGCUCUUCCUGAGGCAGUAACGGCAUCACCAAAGAAAAUGCUUAAUAAAAAGUGCCCAAGUUCCAAAUGGUUAUUUUAAGGGAUUGACUUUAAAAUGACUAUUUCUGUUAAUCUAUACCAAAAAUAAGCCCAGAACAUGAAAAGGGGUUUCCUCAAGAUGCCUUGACAAGGAAUGGAACUCUAGCCAUAGUGACCCACAGCCUGUCCAUUUGUCAAAACCAUUCAUGUCAGGGACUGCCCACUUACUGACACUUAUAACCUACAAUUAGAGAACCACUAGUGAAGAGGGCUGCCUUGAAUGUUGCUCUUACUAGGAAGUUUAAUUUGUAGGUGAAAAAUGUAACCACCACCCUGGACCUCAGGGUCACAGCUGUCACUGGAUGAUUUAAACUUUGCACAUUACAGCCAUCUUUAAAUGAUGGUUUACAGAAGUCGUGACAUAAGCUUAUGUCAUUGAAAUAAGCAGCUCUCUGGUACCUUUUAUCCAGUAAAUCUCAAAAUGACAGAUGCCUCAUCUGCAUGGUGACAGCUCAAGCCAUGCCAUGACUAAACAAGGGUGAAGCCUCCCUGCAAUGCUGGUGGAGGAGCAGACUGGGGGGCGGUGAUUAUCCUACACUACAAAGCAGAACAGAACACUCUCCCAAAGGGAGCACCUGUGUGGAAUAUAUGGCAAUCUUAGCCAUAUAUUAUAGAAAUGUUACAAAUUAGUUAUUUUAAAAACUAUCAGAGUAUACACUUUAUUUUUUAAAGAACUCAACUGUAUAAAGCUCAAUAGUAACAGAAGACUUAGGAUGAAGUCAGUAGAAAUGUGGAGCUGAGUGUCUACAAUUACCACCGAGUUUAACAAGAUCUACACCAGCCCUUCAGUGAUAUGGUUUAUCAGCAUCCUUGAAAUCAAAAACCAUUGGAGAAAGGCUUUUAGUAUCAUUAAUGAGAUAAAUAGGUACUUGACUUUGUCAAUAGCAAGAAACACUGUCUCUAGUUUUAACAGUAGUAUGUUGAAAUCCAAGCCAAAUAGUAUGAAUUCUCCAAGUUUUAGGAACAAAGAGGUUGUUAAAAGGAGCAACAGGCCAUCUUUCAGUUUGCUUUCAGACACCUGAUCAUUCUGCUAAUCUCACUAAGCCCUGGGAAUCACAGUACCCUACUACACUUGUAAUCCAUCAGCUUGCAGAGAUACAAGCAACUACUCUUGUUCCUACGACGACCUGCGUAUAAGUCCCAGUGCCAGGGUACUUUCCAUAAGUACAAUCUCUAGUUCAUAAAGCAGCACAGUUUUUCAACGCCUGUACUAAUGAUUCAGGCAAAAGCUUAGGUCAUGAGUUUUUCACUCAUUUGGUUUCUCAUAUAAGGAUGCCUGUUGCAAGGUUUCUUGUUAUUUAAAAUAUAUAAUUAAGUAUAUAAAAUAAUACGUAUGUCAGUCAGAACCCAAAAACAGUUGCUACAGGGAAAAGGCAAGUGGGUUUGGGUUAUAUAUUUCAACUUUAGACUUCUUUGUCCCAUGUUGAUCCCCAAGGGAGGAGCCGGAGUGCCUGCCAGGUCCACAUCCAGCCAGAGGUCGGCUUCCCACUGCCAUCCCCUUUCAGCAACUAUGAUGAGCAGUUUUAUCAUGAAGCAAGCACUGUGCCCUCACCCUGAGUUAGGCUUUCAUGACAUAUAUUCAUCUUCUAAGAGACCUGUCUUUGAAAUCUAUGAGAACUGUAUGUCAGCCCAUGAACACAGGACCACAAGGCUUAUGUAGUAAGUGGAUAAACCAUGUGUGACAAAGAGGAUUGAACAAAUUUCAUACUACACUGGAGAGUUAUCAGGAUCUAGUCUGGACUUAACAAGAUAUCUCUGAAAAGGAAUCAGUCUUCUUUCAUGCCUUUAUAGUAACAUUAUAUUAACAGCUGCUCCUCAUUUGAAGUCUUUCAUUAAGGAGGAGAUGGCUGCUGAGAAGGGGGGACUCAUAAACAGAAGGCAGAUGACUCAUUAGCCACUGGGCAGGGACAUGUGCACCAUCAGUGGAAGGGCCGAGGGACUGCUGUCAGCACACGGCCUUCCAGUGGUGACUGCAGACACAGAUCUGGGGAGGAAAUCAAUGUGCCAAUUCUUGAUUUACUGAGAGUCUCAAAAUGCCACUGUUCCUUCCUGUUAUCUCUUUGGUACUGUUGCCUUUUGAUGACAGGCCUUUGAUCCUAGAAUUCUCCCAUCUUUGUUGCCUUAUCAGUUCUUUGCAAACUACCUAUGGUUAUUAUUACUUAAAGCACAAUUCUGAAAGGGACAAACAUGAUGAUCUUAAGCCCAAAGGAAUUUGUAUCAAACUGUCUCAUAAGCAUGAAAAAUAAAUGCACAGAAAUUGCGAGAUAUGCACCUGCUACUAAACCACUGAUGGCAUUUGUUCAGAUGGAACCGAGUACACUUCUACAUUGUAUUGUUUUAGAAAUCAGAAGUUAGACAUGUAUGAAUGAUGUCAAGAAGCAGUAAUGUAUGCAUAAUGUCUAUACAGAUACAGUAUCUAUGUGAAAUGACCCAGCAAGCCAUAUUGUUUCUUCCCUGGAGCCAUAAAAACUAGCUCUAAAGAAUUAGCUGUCACUUUAUUUACAAAACUCAAGUUUUGUUAGUAAAUUCCCUUCACUGUAGGAGUUGACUCUGAAGUGAUAUUUUUCCCCCAAAUAUUUUUGUGAAAAAAAUUUUGUAACUAUAAUAAAAAUCCAAUUGCAA